AUGAAUCCUCCUUCGCAUAACAUGGGCUUCUGCAAGGGGGGAGGGUACGAGAGGCUAUGGGAGGACGGGCAGAAUCCACGAUCGCAGCCCGAGCAUGACCAAAACCUCAUGCCUGAUGAAAACUUUGGCCUGACGUACGAAUACUAUAGCGCAUCGCUCUCUUCGGGCAGCGGCCUGGAAACGGCGGCACCCUCGCCAGGAACUGAUUUCUCCCCGGACCUGCGAGCCAUGCCGCCAAUGAGCGAUCUUGCGCUCGACAACCUAGGUGAUCUCUACAUACGGAGUCUUAGUGAUCCUGCCAUCCACCCUCUCCCCAAGUUUGAGAGCACGGUUAUGAACCCUCAGUAUCCGCCCUACAUCGAGGAUUGUUCGCUCCAUCCGGCUCACCAGCCUGCCGUGAUGUGCAACGGAACGUACCAUCCUCGAACUCAGUCUUUAGAUAGUUGUCUGUCAGCGUCAAUGAUGCAUACUGGCUCUGGCGGCGAGGACUAUCUAAAUGAGAUGAUAGUUCCGGCGCCAUCCAUGGAAAGAAAUGGACACUUUGAACGCGCAAAUGAUUUGGAAAGCAACAAGGCGCAGAAUAUUAAAAUGCCCCAAAGCACAAAGACUGAAGAAUCAACACCUACCUCGGGGGCAACCUCAAAAACACCAGAGGAAGAAGCAGCCCCCGUCAAGGCAGAAGUCAAGGAAGAAAUCGUCCUGCAAACCAAGGAUAAGUCCGACGUUGCGCAGAAAAAACGCAAACGCAGCCAAAAGGACAGCAUAAGCGAGGAAUCCACCGAAGAGCUGCUCUUCGCGUGCCCUCUCUAUAGGAAAUACCCGCUUCAGAAUAUGGACUGCGUGAACCGCAAGCUCACGCGGAUCCGAGACGUGAAGCAGCAUUUGCUCCGACGGCAUCUUGCGUAUCGCUGUCCCAUCUGUAAUAUACCGCUCCCCUCCGCCGCGCGCAAGGAGGAGCACAUCCUCGAGCAGAACUGUACCCCGUCUCAGUCUGCAGAGAGAUUUGGCCCUGAUGGCAUCACUCAGGAAGUGCAUGACAUAUUGAAGAAGAGGAGCCAUAGAGGGAAAGCCCCGACCACCAAGUGGUAUGAGGUGUGGGAGAUCAUCUUUGGUGACACAAAUCGGGAAGAGAGACCAUUCCUCGGUCCCAUGAUGGAAGAAACGGCUAAGCUGAUGCGGGACGUCUGGGACAAAGAGAGCAGGUCCAUUGUCCAAGACGUAGUAUCGGAUGCUAACGACAAUCAAAAUCAAAAUGACCAACAAAUUGAGGCCAUGAUGGCCAUGUUCGAAAAGGUCCAGGACCGGUUCGAAACACGCAUCCACGAGCUGACAAGUCGUGAAUCCCCAUCUGAGAAGAGCAGCCCCAUCAUGGCUGCUAGCCAGACGCUGGCGAAGGCAAAGAACGCCAGCAACAAACCAAACACAGAGAACACCGGUAAAGUCUCGCCCCAGCCGGACGGCGGCGACGAUACCCCCAAGACAGAAGAAUCCGGUACACCAUCACUACCCUCCGGCUCGGGGGAUAUAAUGAGUCAUUAUACGUUGUCUUCACCAAAUGAUGCCAAGCAUGAUCGUGCUCAGUCUGGGCUCAAAGGCCACACCAGCCGACCUACAACAUCGCAUGCCUCGCUUGAGAAGAACGGAUCUCCGCGGAGCGUGUACUCGAUGGGGUCACUUACGCGGUCCCUGACCUAA